AUGUCUUCCGCGUCCAGUUUCGACCCUAACAACGUCGAUCUUGCUACCGCGAAUCCUGCCCAGGUCAUUUGCGCCCUCAAUGCAUCUGGAAACGAUUACAACGGUCAUCUUGGAGCACGCAUCUCUGCCCUUUUUGUCAUUCUGAUCGUCUCUACCGCAGUCACCUUCUUCCCAGUCCUGGCCAAACGUGUGAGAUGGCUCAAGAUUCCCUUGGUUGUCUACCUCUUCGCCAGAUAUUUCGGUGCCGGUGUGAUCAUCGCUACAGCUUUCAUCCAUCUGCUUGACCCGGCCUACGGCGAGAUCGGUCCUCAAACUUGUGUUGGCAUGACUGGUGGUUGGGCAGUGUACUCAUGGCCACCUGCUAUUGUGCUCGUCUCUGUUAUGGUUGUGUUUUUGAUGGACCUUCUGUCGGAGAGAUAUGUCGAAACCAAAUACGGCCAACAGAACGAUGAGACCGUGGAAGAUAUUAUCACCACCAGUACUCAUGCUGAGGUUCAGGCCGAGCAGCAGGGUCAUGGAGACGUCACAAGCACUAGUGGCAAAUCGCAUACUCCCUUCGGCGACGACAUGGACAAGAUCAAGGACCCUGUUGUCCUCGAGAAACUCGAAGCGGCACAGACUCAAGCAUACAAGCAGCAAAUAGCCGCUUUCCUGGUACUGGAGUUCGGUGUUAUCUUCCAUUCCGUCGUUAUUGGUCUCAACUUGGGAGUUGUUGGCAAGGAAUUUUCGACCCUAUACCCAGUCCUUGUUUUCCACCAGUCUUUCGAGGGUCUUGGUAUUGGGGCUCGAAUGUCCGCCAUACCUUUCCCCAAGAAAAGCUGGCUACCAUGGUUCUUAUGCGCCGCAUACGGUAUGACCACUCCAAUUGCGAUCGCCAUUGGUCUGGGUGUGCGCACGACCUACAAUCCAAAUUCGGACACCGCCAACAUCGUAUCUGGUAUCUUGGAUUCCAUCAGUGCUGGUAUCCUCAUUUACACGGGACUGGUCGAGCUUCUUGCUAGAGACUUCUUGUUCGACCCGUUGCGAACCAAAGACAAUAAGCGGUUGAGCUUCAUGGUAUUCUGUGUAUUGCUGGGAGCAGGUAUCAUGGCUUUGCUGGGUAAAUGGGCUUGA